UUUCAGAUAUUGUAUUGAGCCAACAAAGAUUAUACAAUCUGUCAGUUCUCAUUCCCAUUUUUAUGAAAGAAUUAUAAAACAUAUAACCACAGAUAAAUCUGAUGAUAUAAAAGAUACAGGAUUGUUUUUUUAAGAUUGGAUCAGUAUCAAAAAUAUACAAAUUAAAAAGAUAAAUUAAAUUAAAAUAGAAUGUAUAUAUGUGUAACUUCACAUUGUAAUAGUUCUGGAAUACACCAUCUGCCUGGUGCUAUCUGGACACAUCUUCAGUGAUGAACCUAAAUAUGUAAAAAUAUAAAUAUGCACAAAUAUAAAUAGCAUAUUUUGCUCUCAAAGUAAAAAUACCUCUGACAAUAACAUUUACUUGCAUGUCUUAAUUUUAUAAAAAUUUCAAAUAGUAUUCCUUUGGGUUUUUUCGACUCUUGCUUAAGCAACAUACAUUUCUUGGGCUUGAAAAACCCUUGAUGAGCAGAUGUCAUUAAGUUUGCCAUUUCAACUAACAAUUUAAUCAAUAUCAAAUGCUACUGUUAAACGCCAUACAUGUAUUAUGCAAGUAAGUGAGCUUCCACCAGCUCUGUUUUAAUUCAUUGUCAAUCAUUGUCAAUCACCACUGGGGAAAUGUGAAACCUAUCUUCGCUUCUUGUUACGUGCAAAACUUCAUUCCAGAUAAGAGGCCUACUGAAACAUAUUUAGACUCAGUCGUACAAGCUGUCUAUCUCUGUCCAUCCUGCAUGUCUUGCAAGCCUCCCUCCCAAACCCAACAUGUGAAUACAUCAUGUUGUAUAGAUACAGAAUGAUCAGAAAUACACCAUCAGUAUUUUUCUCUCUGGGCUGCUCCUGGCUAUAGCCUGAAGAGCUCCGCCCAUCCUGUCCACCCCUCUCCACCCUGGAGUCCUCCCCCAGGAUGUUGAGCCCCAUCCAGGUCCUGUGCUCCGACAUCACUACCCUUUCUCUGGAGCCCGAGCCGUUUGCCUCUUACACUGAAGCUGAUAUCAUCUCCACUGUUGAGUUCAACCACACUGGAGAGCUCCUGGCCACAGGGGACAAAGGAGGCCGAGUGGUCAUCUUUCAGAGGGAACCUGAGAGCAAAACUGAGCCAUUCUCCCAGGGAGAGUACAAUGUCUACAGCACCUUCCAGAGCCAUGAGCCUGAGUUCGACUACCUUAAGAGUCUGGAGAUCGAGGAGAAGAUCAAUAAGAUCCGAUGGCUGCCUCAACAGAACGCUGCACACUUCCUCCUCUCCACCAAUGAUAAGACAAUUAAGUUGUGGAAGGUGAGUGAAAGAGACAAACGGCCGGAGGGAUACAACCUGAAGGAUGAGGAGGGUCGCAUCAAGGACAUUUCCACCGUCACCUCCCUCCAGGUGCCGGUGUUGAUGCCGAUGGACCUGAUGGUGGAGGUGAGCCCUCGGCGAGUGUUUGCCAACGCCCACACCUACCACGUCAACUCCAUCUCCGUCAACUCAGACUAUGAGACCUACAUGUCAGCUGAUGACCUUAGGAUCAACCUCUGGCAUCUGGACAUCACCGACCGCAGCUUCAACAUUGUGGACAUCAAGCCAGCCAACAUGGAGGAUCUGACAGAGGUGAUCACAGCGGCAGAGUUUCACCCCCACCACUGUAACCUGUUUGUCUAUAGCAGCAGCAAAGGCACCCUGCGCCUCUGUGACAUGAGAGAAGCAGCGCUGUGCGACAAACACUCCAAAUUGUUCGAGGAGCCCGAGGACCCCAGCGCCCGCUCCUUCUUCUCUGAAAUCAUCUCCUCUGUGUCAGACGUCAAGUUCAGCCACAGCGGUCGCUACCUGCUCACCAGAGACUACCUGACUGCCAAAGUCUGGGACCUCAACAUGGAGAGCAAGCCCCUGGAGACAUACCAGGUUCACGAUUACCUCCGCAGCAAGUUGUGUUCCCUUUACGAAAACGACUGCAUCUUCGACAAGUUUGAGUGUGCUUGGAACGGCUCGGACAGUGUGAUCAUGACCGGAGCUUACAACAACUUCUUUCGCAUGUUUGACCGCAACACCAAACGCGACGUGACCCUGGAGGCGUCGAGGGAGAGCAGCAAACCCCGGGCUGUCCUGAAGCCGCGGAGGGUCUGUGCCGCCGGGGGAAAGCGCCGGAAGGACGACAUCAGCGUGGACAGCCUGGAUUUCACCAAGAAGAUCCUCCACACAGCCUGGCACCCGACCGAGAACAUCAUCGCCAUCGCCGCCACCAACAACCUGUACAUCUUCCAGGACAAACUCAACUCUGAGAUGCAUUAAUGAAGUGAUGUCAGCGGUGGAUACAAACGUGUUUACACCUCAACACACAGCUAUGCCAGAAUGUACACAUUUACGGACAUAAACACACGGGAAUAUGCCUACCACACACGAUCAGAAAACGAAAACACAUAUCUAGGUCUACUCUUUGACACACUCCCUCACCUCCUCCCCAGCCUCCCAGAACUGAAAGGACCUAGAAAGGGCUAGAACGGGAACAGGCUGGAUUACGCAAUGGAUUAUGGAUUGCAAAAUUGCUCGAACUGUGGAUUUCUUGAUUGUUAAGCUCUGGAUUGUGGUUGAUGGUGUGUUGAUUGCUACAGCUCAGCUUCUGAGGGGGAUAAAACCCCCCAGACUGGAGAGACGUUUACAUAUUUGUCUUUUUUCUUUUUUCUUUCUUUCCUUUUUUUUUUCUUCUUCAGGCUCUUUUGCUUUCUCCACCUCCUCCUCCUCUCCUUUCUGUAUUUGUGUGCUCGAGCGAAGCCUAUUCUUAUCCCUUGCCCACUGUUUUGUGUAACGAAAACCCUUUGUGGUUGUCAACCAGCUGCACUGAUGAAAAAUGGGGCAUUUAUGUAACUGGUUGUUUGUUUAAUUUCAGAUCAGCUACCCCCAACUUCUGUUUUUGUAAUUUCUUGUUAAAUGAUGUUAAUGAUGGUAAUUAUGUGUGGAGAACGGAAGCUGCCAAAAUCAAAUAUAUAAAAAUGGAUCAAUAAGUACAUUAAUAUGCCAUUAAAUGUACCAAAACAUUUUUAAAAAUAAAAGUAGCCAUUCAUUAAUUGAUAAUGUGACAUAAAUUAAUAUUUUUGUUUAAUUUGCUACUUUUUUGGUUUACCUUUGCAUUAAUUCUUCUAUUUACUUACUUUCCUUAUUGUGUAUUCAUACAUUGAUUUCUUUAUUUUUUAUAAAUGUACAAUUAAUUAUUUUUGCAUCUUGCACUUUUGUAUCUUUUUUAUUUAUAACCAACAGGUGAAAAGUUCACCCCAUGACAAACCCCUUAUUUGCAUAAUGAAGAAGAAAUGCAUAAAGAAAAUAAUACAUAAAUAUAUAGGGGGAUAAUUGAAAAGGUAAACAAUACAGAAAUUAAUAAAUACAUGUGAAAAUACCUAAAAAAUAAAUGCAGAAAUACAUAAAUAAUUGUAAAAUGAAUACAAAUAAAUAAAUGAAAAUAGAUGAAUUGACGUAAAUGUAAAUAUAUAAACAAAAAUAUGAAAUAAUGUAACAUUUUAUCGAUUGAUGCCUACAUUUAUUUAAACAUUAUUUUUUAUUACAUUAAAUGGCAAAUUCAUGUAUUUAUCUAGUCAUUGAUGAUUGUUUUUUUUUGUUUUGUUUUUUGCAGCCUCUGUACUCCAUAAUUAUGAAGACAAUGAUGAUUUAAAAUGAUACGUGUGAUGUGCAAGAAUGAAUUCAGGACCCUCCCCUUAUUAACCCAAGUGCACCCAGACGCCUCUGAGCUCAACUGGACCGUGUUCAGUGAGGUAAAACACUUACAGUCCUGCAGAUAGAAGCAGACUUUAACACCAUGGCCUAAUAUGAGGACACACUCAUAUCUGCUCCACACAGUGUGUUUCAGUCAUUAAUGUUGUCAUUGCUGAAACCUUCAACUUCUCUGAUUAUGGAUUCUGCUUCUGAUCUGGGGCUACGUCGUGUGCUACUUUGCCGUUAAAUACAACUCAAAUCAAGCAAAAAAUUAUAAAAAAUGAACAAAAUAAUUUCAACAAUCAAGCAAAAAGAUGCUGCAUGUAAAACCAAUUUAGCCUAGGUGUUUAUAAAUUGACUGACUGACUUGGCUGCCUUCUUAACCAUUUAGACCCAGCUGUACAAAGGCUUCAGGGGCCCCGGGGCCCCAUGCAGCACGAGUAACCAUAGAUGACCGAGCUCUCCUACCUUUAUUUGUGUCUUCGGACACUGAAGCAUGUUUACCAGUGUUCGGUUCAUACACUACAUGUACAUUUUGAAUGAAGCCGUCCAAGAAUCAGUUUCUACUCGACUGAAACUGAGAACCAAGAAGAAUGGGGAAUGUUUUUCAUUAAUGUUGUUCUCUAAAACAAAAAACUUAAAAAAAACAAAGGGCCUAAAUGGUGUCUGUAUAUAUCAACUCUGUUUUUGACAUGUAUGAGGUUUUGUUUUUUUAACAUCCUUAUAACUGACUGCAGACUCGAUCAUCAGUAUUGAUGAUUGCCUCCAAAUAUACAGCAGAGAUGGUACUUAAAUCUCCUCAGCCUUCCUCACUGAUUACUUUGCUGAUGAUGUGCAGAAGCUUUUAUUUUUAGAGAAGUUUAUUCUUUUAUGUAUCCUUUUUUUGUCAAUUUUACUCCACCACGUCCUGACCAAACUAAUGUUGAUUCACAUAUUUUUGUGUUAAUGUAUGUUGAUGACAAAAUUGUCAAAUGGACAGUUAUAAAUAAUGUUAAUAUGUUUUUUUCUGAAUAAAGAUUUCAACGAAAUUG